AUGGCGAAUAAUAACUUGCUGGAUAAUACAAACCCCAACUUUUUUGAAGGGGUUGAGAAGCUCCUAGAAAUAUGGUUUGCGCCCAAUACCAAUGCCGAUUUACGUAAAAUACCAAGAUCCCAUUGGGACGCGUUACUAAAAUCGGUUAAGUGCGAAAUCAUCAGCUUUACGCAUAACGAUUAUAUUGAUGCAUACGUCCUCAGUGAAAGCAGCAUGUUUGUUUCUAGAAGACGAUGGAUAUUGAAGACAUGUGGUACAACUACUCCACUUCAAUGUUUGAAGCCACUAUUACAGAUGGCGUUUGAAAUAAGUGGAUAUUCUGAAAUUGAAGAACUUUUCUAUUCUCGCAAAAAUUUCAAAAAGCCUGAACUUCAAAUUUCACCUCAUCGAGGAUUUGAAGAAGAAGUUGCGUUUCUCGAUCAAUUCUUUGAUGAUGGACGUGCAUAUUGUUUGGGUUCUGUCAACCGUGAUUGCUGGUAUUUAUAUACGUUAAGUCGACGUGGUAAUGAGGCAUUGGUUAAUGAGAUGUCCAAUGAAAAUGAUGUUUUAAUUGAGUCAUUUGAUGUUCCCGAUCCUGAUCAAACAAUUGAAGUUUUGAUGACUGAUUUGGAUCCAAAGGUCAUGGCUAUUUUUACUAAGGAAGUCUCUGAAGAUGCUAAGGAUGUUACUCAAAAAUCUGGAAUUAAUAAGAUCAUUCCAGGAAUGAUAAUCGAUGAUUAUCUCUUCGACCCAUGCGGCUACUCAAUGAAUGGAGUUAUGAAAAACAUUGGAAAGAUGUAUAGUGAAGGUUGCUACAUGACAAUUCACAUUACGCCCGAACCUGAAUUUUCAUAUGUCAGUUUCGAAAGCAACAUCGCUGCUUCAAGUUACAGUGAUCUGAUAAAGCGGGUCGUUGAUACUUUCAAGCCGGGAAAGUUCAUCGUAACAGUGUUUGCCAAUAAAACAUCGCCUGCUUUUGGUGCAUCGCGUGAACUUGAGCAUAUUGGCAACAUUGGUCAAUUUAAGCGUCGCGACAUCCAAUACUGUCGUUUCGACUCAUAUGAUUUGACUUACGCGCACUAUGUCAAAUACCCAAGCUGA